AUGAUGACUCUAACCACCCAAGACCUUCCACCUGCCCAGAGUGUCGAAGUUGACGACAGCGAUGAGGAGUACGACGACGGACCGGCCCACAACCCCUUCCAUUCAUUUGCGAUCAUUCAAAAAGACCCAACAAAAGAAGCGUUUGACCAGAUUCUCGCUGAUGCUGAAUCCAAUGAGCUGAGAUUGGGCGACAAAGCGUACAGAGAAGCCUUCAAGCAGAAGUAUCAGCAGUACUUUGAAGGGCGUGUUGCACCGGAAAAUCAAACACUCCUCCACCUUGUUGCCAACAGAGUGGGCCACAGAGGCCUCACCCUGCUUCUUAUCAAGAACAGCCCACAGCUUCUCUCCGUGGCUGACGACAAUGGCAAAACACCUCUCUGGAUUGCCAUCACCAGGAAAAACGAAAAUGUCUUGCGCGCCAUUGUGGAAAAGUUCAACGGAGAUCUGGACAGCCUGCUAGCUAGAACAUGCGACCACGGCAGAAACAGUAUCCAUGCUGCCAUAAUCCACAAUCUCCCCGAACAACAUACUUUGCAUCUUAUACAGAGAGCCUCCAAGGGCACUCUUUGCGCCGGAGACUAUGAUGGCCUGACUCCCUUGCAUCUUGCCAUUCAGUACGACCGCUGUUCUGCUAGCCAGCAGCGGAUUGUUGAGGCUUUGCUGCAGAGAGCAGAUGAAUGCUUGGACCAGUUCACCAUCAAUCCCUCACAACUGUCUGUCUACGAAUAUCACUACUAUACACGGCCGGACGCUGAACGAAAAACGGGCUUGCUGGCGGGCCAGGCUGGUGAGCCGAACGGGACCUCUCAAUCUUCAAAUCAGAACCGGGGAAAAUCUCCGUCUGGUCGAGUCGGUCAUCUUCCAGAUAACGUACCUCACCUGCACAAUGUGGAAAGUUCUCGGGGCCGCACGACAAACCAUGCCCCCGGCAAGAAGGGGGGCGAUGUUGAACCUCAGCGAGGACGAGAGGCGAUCCGUGAACAGUCCAAUGCCCCAUCAACAAGAAUUAUGGACCCACCUCCGCCGGGACCUAUCAACGGAGUUAAACGUGAUGUGAACAGGGAGUGGGCAGACAGGAUCAUCCAGGGUAUCAAACUUCAUUACCUUCGGUCCACGUUCCAGACACCAGAUCGUCCUCAACCGCGAGAUCAGAGCCAGGCACUGCGAUUUCUUCACGGGUCCAACAUCCAGGACUGGAACUUGUAUUUUGAUUACUCCAAAGCAGCUUCACCAGUCACCCGCAAGAACUUUGAACAGAGCUUCGCUCAUAUGCGUUUUGACAGCGUCCUAAGAUAUGUCGCCUUCAACAAGAUCGAGCUGGACAGCCCCGGAAACAACACCAGCAAACUCCACGCCAAACGUCUUGCACAGCAGCCAAGGCCUGGCCGCGGCCGGGUGGACCUCGUCUUCUUUUUCAACUGGCUUCGGGAGAAGUCUGUCAAGCAUAUCCUCAAGGUCGUGGUCGACGAUUGGCCCGAAAGACCUCACAGUGACAAGGCCAUAGAAGACUCCCUGAAGCACUUUGAGAUUGAGAGUCUCGAGUGGCGGAAAUCGGAUAUCUGUCCCGAAACACUUUUUGUCGCCUGUCAACAUGUCCGCCAUCUGCACUUGUGGUGGAGUGGAAACAGGGCUGUCCUGCGGGCAUGGAGCGAACCGGAUGGGUUGGUGAGGCUUGAGAAACUCAAGACUAUCCACUUGUUGUGGAAUUCCGCGGAAGUCCUAGAGCCAGCUGACCGCAUCCAAUCUUACGUGGAGGACUUCAAGCGCCGGUUACGAAAAGCCGUCCGGAAUUAUGAGCUGGAGAAGCAGGGUAUCACUGCUGCUGCUCGACCGCAGAAUGACAAGGCUGUUCCCGUUCCUGGGAUUCGCCGGACUGUUACCGGAGACCGUCCCGCCAUGGAUGGGCCUGUUCGGACAAUCACUGUUGAGACCAUCGAGGAGAACUUUUCGCGGGGGGACAGUGGCUCAGCUUCCGGCACCCGCGCUAAGCCCAUGCGUGUAGCAAAUCAGAGGAAUCUGUCUGCCCACAAGUGGCUCAACUGCAUGGACGCCUUUGCCGAUGGGAUCCAAGGUGUCGAGGUGCCUCCAACUCAGCAAAAGCUACUGCUAAAAGACAUCACUGUUGCUCUGAUUGAUGAUGGAGUUAAUAUUGAUACUUCCUCUAUCGGGGGUAAAGUCAUUGGCGGAGCGACCUUUGACCGUGGCGAACCAGAUGAGAACGGCCCAAGCCCCUAUUUUAUCUCUGCCAGUGGCCACGGCACCGUCAUGGCGGAUAUGAUUUGUCGAGUUUGUCCAACCGCCAAACUCUAUGUCUUCAAGCUGGAAACACACCCCUCCCCGGACUCCCUAGUCGAUGGGCAGACUCACAACCAGAUCGUAGCCAGAAGCGCCACCCAGUCCGUCGACGCCGCCGUCGCCCGCGGGGUAGACAUAAUCUCCAUUUCCUGGACUGUGAAAAAGCCCAAAAAACGCGAGCGUGACGCCGACCUCAAAGACCUCGGAGACGCCAUCAGGCGCGCUCUUGACGCCGGCAUCCUCGUCUUCUGCGCGGCAGGCGACGCAGGGAACUUCUCUGACGAGGAGUACCCUUACGAGUUUGAUCGUAGCCGCAUCAUCAGAAUUGGUGCCGCUACCGACGAUGGCAGACCCUGGGAGAGGUCGGGUGACACCCACAAUUUGGACUUUAUCUUUCCGGGAUGUUCGGUUGUUUCACGGCAUGAGACGAUUAAUAGUAGUAUACCGAGUCAUUUCCAGGAGAACACGGGGAGCUCGGUUGCUACGGCUUUGGCGGCGGGGUUGGCGGCGCUGGUGUUGCAUGUUGUUAGGUUGGCUGCGAUAUUUGGGGAGAAUGAGAGGGAGAAGGUGAAGAGUGGUGGGGGUACGGCGGUGAAUGGGGUUGGGUCAGGGGCGGCAGGGCCGGUGGUGGAGGCGAAGAAAUUGGGGGAUUUGAAGGAUCAUACGAACAUGAAGUUGGUUUUUCAGAAGAUGGGGGUGGAUAGGGAGAUUGGGAAGUUUAUUGAGGUUUGGGAGUAUUUUGAGGGGCCGACGGAGGGGUUGAGGAUGGGGGGGAAGGCGCCGGAGGUGGUGACGGGGUUAGCGGUGAGGUUUGUUUCUUCGAUGAAGGGUUGAUGGGUGCGCUUUUGAAGAUCUACAUGAUGGGUUGUGAGGAGAACUGCAGCAAAAAACCAGCAGAUGUGAUACAUACUGUUAAGGCGGUCAGGGGAGCGCAUGAGCUCGCCAGGUUUAUCAGCGCUCACCAUAACCAUACCAGCGUCACUAUAAUCAGAAUAUCCAGCUUAUCUGACUCCCUUGGAAGUGUCCAGCCGCCAUACCUCUGUAUUACCAACACCCCAGCCCCUCGUUGACGUCUCCUGUGUUAAGAGACACGGGGGCAAUGAUGCUUCGCCGUCAGAGGUACUCAAGGCUCUCCGUUUCGCCCCGGUCAACCCUGAAAGCUUAGAAGUGCUCAGUUUGGAGUUGCUUGAAGCCCUGUACUGGAACUUUCCGAAAAUAAACCAGCUGGGGUACCUCGACUACGAGCCCUCCUGACGACCUCACUGCGUCCUUUGGCUUGAUACAAGAUGCCUUGGCUAUAUUGUACAAUAAAGGCAAGACAGAUGCAUGUUGUACUUUUGUGAGGAACAGUGGGGCCAUCUCAGGCGAAGAUUUCACCAAAGAACAAUGGACAGGCUUAUACUUGGCAGCACACUUUGGAAUUACCACGAACCCGACCCUGAUCUCAAGGGAUGCCAUGGCUCCAACCCCAGGCCGCUAAAGCUUGCUGCAGAGAGCGGGCAUGAAGCUGUCGUGCGGAUACUUCUGGAAAAGGGUGCAGAGGCUAAAAGAAAAGAUGGCUCGGGACAUACUGCAUUACAUCACGCUGCGAGAAAAGGACAUCUUGAGGUAGCCCGGGCACUGUUAGA